AUGCAUUCAAAACUAGUCAUCAUUGGCUCUGGGCCAGCAGGCCACACCGCAGCCAUCUAUGCUGCACGAGCUGACCUGAACCCCGUAAUGUACGAGGGUUUCAUGGCUCUCGGUAUCGCGGCAGGCGGUCAGUUGACCACCACGGACGAAGUCGAGAACUUCCCUGGCUUCACAAAGAUUGGAGGAGGAAAGCUCAUGGAACAAAUGCGCGAACAAUCCGAAGCAUGUGGCACCGAAAUCAUUUCCCAGACCGUCGCCAAGGUUGACCUGAAGGCGCGCCCUUUCAAGUACUGGCUACACCCCAUGGGUGACGAUGUCGAAAUUGAGGAGGAAGAACACACUGCUGAUGCUCUGAUCAUCGCAACUGGCGCCAAAGCAAGGAGGUUAGACCUCAAGGGCGAGGACAAGUACUGGGGCAACGGUGUCUCUGCAUGCGCAGUUUGCGACGGAUCACUGCCCAUGUUCCGCGACCAGCCCCUCGUCGUCAUUGGAGGCGGAGAUUCAGCAGUAGAGGAGGCACUCUACCUCACCAAGAAGGCGAAAAAGGUUACUGUCCUCGUCCGACGAGACAAACUACGGGCUAGCCGAACCAACGCCCGCCGGUUGACAACGCACCCCAAGAUUGAGGUCAUGUUCAACACCAGCGGUGUAGAGAUCAAGGGCGAGGAGAAGAAGAAUGGCCUCAUGACACACUUGGUGGUCAAGAACAACCAGACACAGGAAGAGCAGACACUGGAGGCCAAGGGCUUGUUCUAUGCCGUAGGACACGACCCAGCCACCGCGCUGUUCAAGGGACAGCUCGACAUGGAUGAGGAUGGCUACCUCAUCACUAAGCCUGGUGAAGGUCUUACCAGUGUAGAAGGUGUCUUUGCUGCUGGUGACGUUCAAGACAAGCGAUACCGACAGGCCAUUACCAGCGCAGGAUCCGGCUGCAUUGCUGCUCUCGAAGCCGAGAAGUGGCUUGCUGAGCGUGACGAGAGCGUUAGCAACGAACUAGAGACCGAGAACCAAGCCGAGAAGUCGCAGACCAACGGUAUCGUCCCCGAAUACCGUUCUAACCCUCUUCUAUAA